UGUCUGAUUCAGGAAGGGCCCCACCGCACAACUUAUAAGGCUUAAAGGAUCUGCUGCUCUGGAUGUCACAGGUGGAGUCAGGGCUGUUGGCACGAGGUGGAUCAACACAACAUUAGUAUAUAGACUUCAGAGAUCUUUGGCAUUGCCUCUCUGCCCACACUGGAGAACUUCCUCUCGUGUGUUAGUGAUCCUGUUUCAGGUUCUUUAGUUCUUCUUCUUCUGCAGCUCUGAGACCUUUCUCUCUCUCUCUCUCUCUCUCUCUCUCUCUCUCUCUCUCUCUCUCUCUCUCCCCUCCCUUCCUCCCUUCAACUGCACUCUGUACUCCUUCCUCUCUUCUCUUCUCUUCCAACUUCUAAUGGCUCUCCGGAAAGCUCUUCUUCAUGUCAGCCGUCACUCCGCGCAGCACGACACGAGCGCGCGGGGUUUGCUGCAGCCUCGCGCGCUGCACACUUCCACGGUGCCCGAGGAAACCGCGCGAGCCGCCGCCGUAAACGCCGAGGGCGAGCUGAAGCACGCGGGUCGUGUGAAGAGCCUGAGGGAAAUGCCUGGUCCCAGCGCCAUCGGGAACCUCAUCGAGUUCUUCUACAGAGAUGGCUUCAGCCGCAUCCACGAGAUCCAGCUGGAGCACAGUCAGAAGUAUGGAAAGAUCUUUAAAUCAAGGUUUGGGCCGCAGCUGGUCGUGUCCAUAGCAGAUCGAGAUUUGGUGGCGCAAGUGCUCAGGGCUGAAGGUGUAGCACCUCAGAGAGCCAACAUGGAGUCAUGGAAAGAGUACAGAGACAUGAGAAGACGCGCCACUGGCCUCAUCUCGGCUGAGGCCGAUGAGUGGCUGAAGAUGCGCAGUGUGCUGCGGCAGCUCAUCCUGCGUCCGCGUGACGUGGCCGUAUUCUCAGACGACGUUAACAAAGUGGUUUCAGACCUGGUAGUAAAAGUGCGCAAACUGCGCAGCCAGCAACCUGACGGACUUACAGUCCUCAACGUCAACGACCUGUUCUUCAAAUUCGCCAUGGAAGGUGUGGCGUCCAUCUUAUAUGAGGCCCGUCUGGGCUGCCUGCAAGAUGAGAUUCCCAAGAUGAGUCAGGAAUACAUCGAGGCCCUCCAUCUCAUGUUUAGCUCCUUCAAAACCACCAUGUAUGCUGGCGCCAUCCCCAAAUGGCUGCGACCCAUCAUUCCCAAACCGUGGGAGGAGUUCUGCCUAUCCUGGGAUGGCCUCUUCAAAUUCAGUCAGAUCCAUGUUGACAGGAAGUUGGCAGAGAUCAAGCAGAAGUUAGAGAGGGGAGAGGAGGUGAAAGGAGGUCUGCUGACUCACAUGCUGGUCACCAAGGAAAUGAAUCUGGAGGAGAUCUAUGCCAACAUGACUGAAAUGCUCUUGGCUGGUGUGGACACGACAUCUUUCACAUUAUCAUGGAGUACAUACCUCCUGGCUAAGCAUCCCAGUGUGCAACAGCGGAUCUCAGAGGAACUGUCACGUGUACUGGGUGGACGAGUCCCGACUGCAGAUGACGUCCCUCAGCUGCCGCUCAUUAAGGGACUCGUCAAGGAGACUCUCAGGCUUUAUCCUGUUCUUCCUGGAAAUGGUCGAAUCACUCAGGAUGACCUCAUCGUGGGAGGUUAUUUCAUCCCCAAAGGGACGCAAUUGGCGCUUUGUCAUUACUCCACCUCCAUGGACGAGGAGACGUUUCCCAACGCGGAAGAGUUCCGUCCCGAGCGUUGGCUCCGUAAAGACUCUUCGGAUCGAGUGGAGAACUUUGGCUCCAUUCCCUUUGGCUACGGCAUCAGGAGCUGCAUCGGCAAGAGGAUAGCAGAACUUGAGAUGUACUUGAGUCUCAUUCAGCUCCUUCAGAAGUUCCGCAUCGAGAUGACUCCUCUCACAGGCGAUGUCCAAGCCAAAACGCACGGCUUGUUGUGUCCUGCAGCUCCCAUCGAUGUCUGCUUUAUCGACCGUGUAUAAACAAACAUCUCCCCCUUAAUGUACAUAUGUCUCCGAAAACUGGAAUAUGUGUUGUUACAUUAGUUUUGAUUUGUUUUGUUGCUAUAAUGUACUUUUUUCCCAUUUAAAUGUACCUUUGAUCUAGUGCUAUAAAAACACUGGUAAUCUGCAUCAUUGUUCAAAUUAUCCUGUUUUUUUAAGUUGUAUAGGAAAAUCUUGAUUUGCAUAAAAUAUGAAUAAAAAAACCAAUCUGAUAAUA